AUGAAGGCCUCCUUUGCCGUCGUCGCCGGCGUCGCCGGCAUGGCCAGCGCGCACAUGAACAUGGCCAGUCCUGCUUGCAUCGGCCGUAGCGACAAUGUACAUACGGGAAAGGAGUUCAAGAAAGACGACGAAAUCAACGCCCCUCUUGAUCCUAAGGGAUCGGAUUACCCUUGCAAGGUGCCGAACUUCGCGAGCAUCGACGUUACUCCUCCCGAGGAGACCUGGCAACGGGGCGCGAGCUACCCCAUCGGCCUCGACAACCACGUCACCCACGGCGGCGGCAGCUGCCAGUUCGCCCUCUCAAAGGACCGGGGCAAGACCGCCACCGUCAUCGCGUCCUAUAUCGGGAACUGUGCCGCGAACCUGGCGGACAGGAACUUUACCGUCGCGAUCCCCUGCGACACGCCGGAGGGCGAGUGGCUGUUCAUGUGGAGCUGGCACAACAGGAUAGGGAACCGCGAGAUGUACCAGCGCUGCGCGUACCUCAACAUCAAGGGAGGGGAUUGCGGCCAGAAGUGUGCCGGUUCCUCGCGUCCGCCUGUCCAGAACGAUCCUGUCGGCUCAUCAUCUGCGGCACCCGCCGUCUCAACAUCAGCAGCUGCCGCGCCCUCGGCGCCUCUUGCCACGGCCUCGACGCCUGCUUCCGGGCCGCCAGCCAGCCCCGGCCACUGCCAUGCAAACAGGAAACGCCACGGCCACAGGCGCAAGCAUCUCGCCAAGCGCGCUUCCUACAACGCACCUCCCUCGGCCUCGACUCCCGCAGCGCCCGGCUCCGCACCCUCCAGCGCACCUCCGGCCACCGGUCCGCCGAAGCAAUCCAAGUACGAUGCCGAAAAGUGCGCGUGCGUGCCCUUCGAGGGGAGGCCCUCGAUCUUCAUAGCCAACAUCAACGACAGGUCCAAUUCCUCGGCCGAGGGGCUUUGCACCAAUGAAGGCACCGACGUCCUCUAUCCCGACCCCGGGCCCCCAGAGUGCGUGGAGAUGACCUCGAGCAACCCGUACCCGCCGGGUCAGGGAAAUCAAUGCCAGUGGAAACAGGAAGGAGCCCUAGAGAAGGAGAGCGGAAACAAACCCGGCAACGCCCAGCCUGGAAACACACCACCUGCGGGCGUGCCUGGCAGCCCACCGCCCGGAACAGGCUCACCGCCCCCUGCCACGGACCCUUCAUCGCAGCAGCCCGGAGACCCGACUAACAGCAACGACCUGUAUGAGGAGCCCGGAAGCUUUCCGGGCACCGAGUCACCACCACCCGGCACGAACGCAGAAUCAGGACAGUGGCCUCCCGACGGCUCGUAUCCCGAACCCAACAACGGAAUAGAUAACGGUGGGUACUGA